AUGGAGGUUCUCUGUUUGUGGUGGGUGAAUGGUUGGAUGCAAACCUUGCUCAUACUCAAGCAAAUUCUGAGAUGGCUGAAGAAACCAAAGGUACUGAGACUUCUAUGUCUUGCUUCAUCUGUUGUUGGACUGCUCUGUUAUGCACUCAGUUCCUCUUUCAACCGUUUACUGGGAAGCUGGAGCUGGUGGAAGAUGCUUCUUUAUAUUAUUUUCAGUUCAAUCACUUGCCUUGCCGUCUUGUUCACACCGGCAAGGUCGAGUUCCUCCUCUCACCGGUUAGAAGUUCAUUUGGCAUUUUUGGUUCUAGUAACCACUUCUGUUUAUUCCUUCUUCUUUGAUAACGUAGUGAAGGGUAAACCAGAUGCAUACAGUCUGAUCUCUUGUGCUGCUUUUGCUACCAUGUCGCUUGGCUUGUCAAAUCUUACUCAAUUUGGAUUCCAGAUAGAUCUGCUAUAUUUCUUUUGCGGAGUUCUAACAGUACAACUCAUGAAGAUCAAAUUGUGGUUAGUCAUUGUUGGAGGGGGUUUCAGUUAUUCCCUCCUCCAGCUUCGAGACUAUCCGCGCGACACCCCAGAGGAACAAAAUCAAGUAAUCAUUCAAGUUGAUGAUUCAGGGAGUGUUAGUAAUAGCAGUCAUGAUAGCACUCUAGGCACUUCACCAGAAGAUGAGGAUCUUAGAUUCCAAGACCAUCUACUCACUCAAAGCAAUUCACCUUCACAAGAGGAAAGUGUUGAUGAUGUUCUUAUCAUCCAACAACAACUCAUGAAUUGUGUAAAGGAGCUUGAGAAGGAGAAUGAGAUGCUUGUUCCCAUGCUUUGUAGUCACGUGGACAAAUACUUUAAAGCCGUGUUUGACUCCAAAGAAGUACCGGAUGAUCCCGACAUUAACUUGGUGAUGGAUUCACUUCCAUCGGAAAUUAUGAGGCGCCUUAAGGAAACCAUGAAGCUGAUGGUGAAUGCCGGUUUCAUGGAGGAAUGCAGCAACAUUUACAGCAAAUGGCGCAGGGAGUUUCUAGAACAGUGUCUGCGGGCACUUGGGUUGCAAUUUGAAACGCCCAACAACGAGGACGUUGAGAAGUGGUUGAAAACGUGUAAGGCAGCUGCGAAUAUACUGUUUCCCAAUGAAAAGAGACUCUGCAAUUACCUCUUUUCAGAGAUCCCUGUCGCUGCUGCGGAUGUUUCCAUUAAUAAGGUUUGCAAGGAAGUGACUAUUGGUCUAGUGAGUUUUGCCGAUACCAUCAUGACAACUGGGAAUUUGUCGAAUCUUUUGUUCAACAUCGUCCCUAAAAUGUCGGAGUCAUUUGUCGAGUUGUCACGGGAGUUCAUCUCACUGGUUUUGUAUCGCAAGUUCUCGUUUAUAGAUGACAUUCAAGACGUUCGACAAAGAUUGGCUAUGCUAAAGAAGUUGAGGAAAUUUAUUUAUCCCAAUAAGGUGCAGGCACCUGUCACCGAUGGAGGGCUUCAUCUGAUUACUAAGAAAGCAAUGGACUACAUCCAUCUAAUUUGUAAAGGUAAGAUAAAGCAGAGGGAUGACCAAACUUACCGCAUGGGAAAUUCUUCAUUUUGGGUGGUGAUAGGAAGGAUGAUUGAAUUGUUAGAGAGCGAGUUGGAAGCCAAGUCUAAAGACUACUACGCUGACCCCGCCUUGGGCUCUGUUUUUAUGAUUAAUAAUCUCAGCUACAUAGAACAGAAGACGCUUGAUUUGAAAUUUGACGAUGAUUGGUUUCGACAAAACAGAGCAAAGGUGGAACAAAAGUGCAACCUGUAUAUAAGAAGUUCGUGGAAUAAGAUGGUGGAGUUUUUGAAGGCCGAGACGUAUGAGUCCGCGGAACCUGAUGUGGUACCGGACGUAAUGAAAGAUAAACUCCAUUUGUUCAACCUUCACUUUGAGGAGACAUGCACAAUUCAAUCUACAUGGACUGUCUCUAAUAAGCGUCUGAAGGAACGAAUAAUAAAAUCCAUAGAGGAGUUUUUGUUGCCACAAUAUGGAAAAUUUUGUGACAACUUUCGAGUAGCUUUUGGUAAUCAAGCUUAUCAUUAUAUUAAGUUUGGAUUUCUAGACAUUCAAAAUUGUCUCAGCCAUUUGUUUCUUCUAGACGAGGAGAUGAAUACGGAAGACAAGAAAAACAUAUGA